UUGAUGUCAUUUACAGUCAAACAUUGCCCACACAUACCAUUGUGGAACUUGUUCAUCUCUGUUGUUGACAUUGCUUCAUUCUUUUACCAGGAGAAAUGCAUUUUGUCCUUCACUGGACAGGCACCUGCAGGACAGUAUUUUAUUUACCUGAUGGUGGAGGACCUGAUUCCUUCGCCCAGAGCAAACCAUGCCACAGAUCCGCCCCUCAGCUCUGUCCCUGUCCAUCUCUCGCUAACUGUGGAAGAGUCAGAGUUUAGGUGCUCUGAUGAACCGGCGGCCAUAGACAGGACCCCAAAAGAUGACUCUGUACUGUUUGUUCUGCCGUACCAGGAGGAGAAAAUCAACAUUGACUAUAGGUCGGAGGAGGAGAGUGUUUUAGAGUUUGCCGUGGUUGGGCCCCCUGACCUCUACAGGACUGGCUUCACAUCAGUUGGCCCCCUGGCCACUAUGGCCAUGGCCUGGAUCCGCUCUGAAAACAACCUGACUCAUCUGUUGCCCAUCUGCUUUGCUGCAAAUACCAAGAGUUUACAGUCGGAGCCAAGAUGUGUGUGGCUAUACCAAAGGGAAACCAGAACAUUACCUGCUGGAACAGAACUGAAGUGUGAGAAGACAGAGAUGACUCUGGUGCUCCCCAUCACCUCGCUCACAAACAUCAACCUUGCCGAACUCCAGCUCAACAGCCCCACCUGCCCCGUCAACUACAACAACACACAUGUGACUGCAACCAUCUCCUUGGACGGCUGUGGCACAAAGACUGUGCACUCUGGCCCAGAGCUGGUUUACACCAACACCUUGAAAACCGUGCGUCCCUACUCUAUGAUUAGCCGCCAGCCCUUACUUAUCCUGCCUUUGGCCUGCCGCAUCCCAGGAGUCCAGGUCAAGGGCCCAAACGCUUUAAUUGAGAUGCCCACAGAGAAAGAGACCUUUGGUGAGUUUCGUGUUUGGAUUGAAUUUUACCUCCCAGGAACAGGGCCCCUGGCAAAUUUCACCAGAAAUCCCACGUUUCGCUCUAACGUCAACUCACCACAAAGAGUGCGUAGAGCUGUUGACUCGGGAACAGGAAGCAACUCCAGUAACAGUGCCUCUGUAAGUGAGGAAAGUGGAUCCAGGAUCAAACAACUGGACCUCUACGUCAGGUCCAAUUGCAGUGUGGUUCGAGCCGAGAUGAUAGUAAACGACUGCAUCGAAUCUGAGACUGAGGACUUUGCAAUAAGCCGUCCUAUUCUAAAACAAGGGUGCUUGACAUCCAGCAACACCUUAGAGAUUAUUACUACCCAAAAUAAUUCCAGGGUUUACCGCCUUGAUUUGAGUACAAUACAGACCAAUGGAACAACUCUGUAUGUCCAGUGCACAGUCAAUCUGUGCAUUACCACCAUGCCCUCUCUGUCGUGCCCAAAUCUGUGUACCAGCUCCAGGAGUCAGAGCACCCUGGUUGGCAGUGUGUUCACCAGCAGCUACACAGUCAAAUCAGGACCUGUGAGCCUUGUGCUCACCACUCCUGCUCCAACCACAACAGCCGUGGUAAACACAACAACUGCAGCAAAUACAACAAGUACUACUGUAACAACCGCUACUACAGCCACAGCUACAACUACUAGUACAACCAAUACUGCAAGUACAUCAGCAACUCCAGCUGUUACAGCUACAACUACUACAACCAGUAUCACAACCAAUACUGCAAGUACAUCAGCAACUCCAGCUGUUACAACUACAACUACUACAGCUGUCCAUAACACCGCAGGAAGUGCUCCAUAUCAGGCCUCAUCUCUGGCAACAGGAGUGAUUUUGACAACUUUCAGCAUAUUUCUUCAGAAAAUGCUCCUUUGCUGAUCCUGCAUCUGGAGUUAUCUGUCACAUUAGGGAGCACCUCAUUCGUUUCCUUUGGACAUUUAGAGAUAGAAUCACAC